AUGUCAUCCUUACUGUCUUUCCUUCUUGAUGCGACACCCAGGCCCGGGCUGCAGCCUGUGCCGAACACAAAGCCCUUGACCUUCGAAGCUGCUGUCCUUCCACCAAUAAUAUAUUUUCUUGCGCUACUCUUCUUACCACCUCCUCCGCCGCGAUCCAUCGAUAGCGCUGCGGUCAAGUUGCUUCGUAAUGCGCUAGCCUUGCUUGCAGGAGUAUUGUUCUUUCGACUUCCACUAGCCUACUACGUCCCGCAAAGCAUCGGGCUCAACUACCAACUCGCUCUUGUUGGUCUCUAUGGCGGAUGCAGAGUUCUGGAUGCUUUCUUCAUCAGUCCCUAUGGAUUUGGACACAUCCCUCGUCGCGUUCGUUACAAGCACAUAUCUCGAGUGCACACGCCCGCGUUAGUUGGAAGCGACAACGAACCUCAAGAGCCAGCUAAAGAUGCGGCACAAGCCAAUGGCGAGAAGCCGUCCGUCACUGAUGCUGUUUCUGAUGCUGCUACUCAUGCCCGUCGCGGGUCACUAGCCGACUCAUACUUCGUGCUCGAGAAGAAACUGUCUAACCUCAGCGAGAUGAAGCCAGUUUACGAGCUGGCAACAAGCGAAGAAGGUUGGCCGGUCAACUUCUUGGAUCGUGCUUCUUGGGCUCUUGAGCUCGAGACCAGCAUGCGUGGUAUUGGCUUUACCUGGACAACAGCUGACGUACGACACACUCGCAAGACGUGGUUGCCGACUGCCACAAACCGUCUGCAUUCCAUCUUUCUCCACGUUGGCCCCGUUCUGGCCGUCUGCUUUGUUAUCAUCCGGACCACUUAUGUGAGAUACCUCGAAGGAUCACCGCAAGUUGAGCUCGGCAUUCACACAGAAAAUCUGUUCGACACUCGACUACCUCUUUGGCUUCAGCUUCUAUUGACUGCAGCUCUUGGUGCUUUUCUUAUGGCUGCAUUCUCUGUAGCACACUCCAUGGCUGCUAUAUUGCUCAGUCCUCUAGCACCUUCACCACUCGCCUACUUCCCGCCUCUCUACAGCACCCGCAUUUGGGACAUCAAGUCUGUGCGAGGGUUCUGGUCAUACGGUUGGCACAGAUUGUUCGCUCGAUUGCUCCUGGUGUAUGGCGUCUGGCCCGGAGAGUGGAUUGAAAGGAAGCUUACAGGCAAACGAGACGACGCGCCAGCAGAUGUUGGGAAGGUACUUGGCGGGUUCAUUUCUUCUGCCUUUGUCCAUUCAUUUGCAGUUAGAUCCGUGCUUGGUGGCGAGUGGAGUCGUUCUCUCGGCGAAGCAAAGUUCUUCGCUGCUAAUGGAUUCGCUGUAGUAGUGGAGGAUGGUGUUCGACGCCAGGUGCUGGCUUGGAGGAAGAAGAGAGAUCUACCGUUGGAAAUGUGGUAUGAUUCGUACAUUGGCCGAAUCUGGUGGAUUGCUUUCCUCUUAUUCAGUGGCAGAAAUUUUGCACGGGGCUGGGUAAAUGCUGGCCUAGUCAGGGAGAUGGCUGGCAAGUAG